AUGGCCGGCCGUGGAAACGUCUUUGUUGGCAAGGCCGCCUUCAAGACAGCCACGCCGCGCUUGCUCUUCAUCUGCAUUGUUUACGCCUUUGGUAGCGUCUUCUUCGGUUACGAUUCGGCGUCCUUUAGCGGUGUCCAGGCCUUCAGCCCCUUUCUGCGCCAGUUCGGCACGUACAGCGCCAAAAAAAACGCCUACGCCCUCACCACGCAGAACAGCGCCCUGCUCAACAGCCUGCCGCUGCUCGGCAAGCUCGUCGGCUCCCUGGCCGUCGGCCCCAGCGUCGAGCGCUACGGCCACCGCGUCACCAUGCUCGGCACCUGUCUGAUCCAGAUUGCCGGGGCCGUCGUCCAGGUCACGAGCACGAAGACGGCCCAGUUCGUCGUCGGCCGCCUGCUGGUGUACCUGGCCGUCGGCUUCGUCGAGAACGUCGUGCCCACGUACCAGUCCGAAAUCGCCCCCGGCGCCCUGCGCGGCUUCUUUGUCGGGUCCAUCCAGCUGUGCCUGACGUUUGGCUCGCUGACGGCGGGCCUGGUCAACAACGCCAUGGCCGGCCGCACGGACAACACGGGCUGGCAGAUUGCGACAGCCAUCCAGGUCGUGCCGCCCGUCCUGAUCCUGCUGGCGCUGCCCUGGACGCCGCUGUCGCCGCGCUGGCUCGUGUUCCAGGACCGCGAGGACGAGGCGCUGGCCGUCCUGCAGGCGGUGCGGCGCCCGGCCGAUGUCGAUGCCGGUGUCUGCGCGCUCGAGCUGGCGGCCAUGCGCGAGGAUGCCGCGCGCCGCUGCCAGGACCGGCGGCGCACAAAAGGCCCCUGGUCGGACCUCGUCCGGGGCACCAACCGGCGCCGCACCAACAUUGCCGUCGGCCUCAUGUCCCUGCAGCAGCUGACGGGUGUCACCUUCUCGAGCAGCUACGGCCCGACCUUUUACAAGUCCGAGGGUCUCGGCCGCAUGGCCUUUGCCUACGCCGCCAUCAACAACGGCGUCUCCGUCGUCACCGCCCUGCUCGGCAUGGUCGUGUUGGACCUGUUUGGCCGCCGCAGCGUCACCCUGCACGGCUGCUGGACCCAGGGCGUCUUCUUGGCCCUCAUUGGCGCCCUCGGCAGCAAGGCCCGCCCGUCGCCCGGCGAGACCGGCGGCAUGGUCGCGUCGUUCAUCCUGUACGCCGCCAUCCUGCACAUGUCCCUGGGCCCGGCCGCCUACAUCACCGCCGCCGAGGUCGGCACGGGCGCCCUGCGCGAAAAGACCAUGGCCGUCGCAACGGCCGUCAACGUCGUCGUCUCCUUUGCCGUCGUCUACACAACGCCCUACCUGCUCGCGGACCUCGGCGCCAAGCUCGCCUAUCUGUGGAUGGCCUUUGCGUUUGCCGGCGCCGUCUAUGUCUGGUUCGUCAUGCCCGAGCUCACGGGCCGCACGCUCGAGGAGAUUGACCAGCUGUUCGAGUCCCGCAUCGCCGCCUGGCGCUUUGCCGCCUUUGAGACGACCGGUCUGACCCACGACGUCGCCGCCAUCGAGCAGGGCCUCGCGCCGAGCAAGCUGGCAGGAGACUUGGAGCUAGUCCAGGUGACCAAUGUCGCGCGGACGGGCCAAAUGGCGGAGGAGGGCACGGAGGGCACGCCUGCUGCUCCUGCACCGACUGCGAAAGGACGCGAGGACGAGAUAUAA